CCCCCGCCUUCGUGUCGCCGCAGAGACCCCGACGCUGUCGGCUCGCGGGACCAAUGAGAACUCCGCUGCUGCCGCGGGCGCUCCCGGUGCUGUCGCUGCUGCUGAUUUUAGGCUCAGGCCAUCAUGCAGCUGGGUUGGCCAUCAAUGACACCUCAGAGAAAAGUGAAGCAUUUUCUGGGGACCACAAUGCCACUGGACUUGUGGUUUCUGUGGCAAGUGAGGUCUCUGCCAUAAGUGAAAUGCCCUCUGGCAGUGAACUCUCCACAGGGGACUAUGACUACUCAGAGGAAUAUGAUAAUGAACCACAAAUAUCCGGAUAUGUUAUAGAUGAUUCAGUCAGAGUUGAACAGGUAAUCAAACCCAAGAAAAACAAGACGGAAGGGGACAAGACUUCAGACAAACCUAAAAGGAAGAAAAAGGGAGGCAAAAGUGGGAAAGGUAGAAGAAACAAAAAGAAGAAAAAGAACCCAUGUGAUACGGAGUUCCAGAACUUCUGUAUUCAUGGUGAAUGCAAAUACAUCGAGAACUUGGAGGCGGUCACAUGCAAGUGUCAUCCUGACUACUUUGGUGAACGGUGUGGAGAAAAAUCCAUGAAGACUCACAGCGGGGAUGACAAUGACCUAUCCAAGAUCGCAGCCAUUACUGUCUUUGUCUCUGCUGUAAUCCUCAUAGCUGUUGGCAUUCUUGUCACAGUCCAGCUUCGAAAACGAUAUUUCAAGGAAUAUGAAGGAGAAGCAGAGGAACGAAAGAAGCUUCGACAAGAAACUGGAAAUGUGCCCGUCAUAGCCUAGCUGACGACAAUUCAGGUUAACAGUCUUACCACUGCCAAGUCAGAAGCAAAAUGCCACAUCGGUCCUCUUCUUGAUGAAGGAAGUGGAGCCUUCUGAUGGUUCCAGCCUCUCAGUUGUCACUUUUCAUGAUAGUCUUAUUUCUGUACAUAACCAGAUCUGUGGAGAUAAAGUAUUUUUUCAUGCUGUAAAUAAUUUAUUUAAUAUUUAAGUGUUAUUUAUUUUGUAGCUCAUUAAACUUUUUUAAACAAA